AUGGCGCCGACGAGGAAGCCGAGGGUCACCCGCAACCCUGAGCUCAUCAGGGGGAUCGGCAAGAUAUCCAAGUCGAAGAUGUACCAUAAGCGAGGGAUCUGGGCCAUCAAGGCCAAGAACGGCGGCGUGUUCCCCCGCCACGAGAAGAAGCCAGUGGAGGCGGUUCCUGCUGCGAAGCCCCCCAAGUUUUACCCCGCCGACGACAUCAAGAAGCCCCUCGUGAACAAGCGCAAGCCGAAGCCUACAAAGCUCAGGUACGGUGAUUAUCUUUUACAGUCUUCACAUGAGGAUAUUUUGUCCCAGUUGUAUUAUACACUAAUGUUCCUUUGGUUCUGAUUUUUCUUUCUGCUGUUUUGGAAAUCAGGGCCAGCAUCACUCCUGGAACUGUUCUGAUCCUUCUGGCUGGAAGGUUCAUGGGAAAGAGGGUGGUGUUCCUGAAGCAACUCCCGUCCGGAUUGCUUCUCGUGAGCGGUGAGCUAUAUUGACUUCCUCAAGCGCAAUGAAUUAUUGUCCUUUUUUUCGUUGUUGUGUUCCUAUUUCGACGGUAUUGGGUCAGCAUUUUCCUUAAAUGGAGUUCCCCCGCGACGGUUCAUCUAUGCUGUUGUUUAUGUUUUCAUUUUAUAACUUCAAGAAGAUCAUUGAAAAAUUUGAGCCAUUUUACGUGGUGUUUUAUGACGGAUCUGACGAGUUCCAUUCGAUCUUCCGAUGCCAAUGAGGCAAUCAUUUGAGAGGAAAGGCAGCUUCAACACUUUUACGUUAGUUUUAAAUAUAAAUUUGACAACUGUUUUCAUCUACUCAAAGCCCUGCUUUUAUUUCCUCUUUGCGGAUUUUGUUAGAACUAGUAAUGAUGAGCUCUUUUUUAGGAAACUAAUGAAGUCUUUGAGAUGAUUUCGCAGUGAUGCUUAGGUUUGUGAGAUAUCCAUACUUACCUUGGGCUGUUCUACUGUGCAUCUCCUGACGUGCAUUUGCCUUGAUUGGUAUCCUAAUCAGUGGCAUGAGGUGACUGCUGUAUGGGUGAUGCCAGCUACUCAGUUUCGUUACAUUCAAAUAACAUUUUUGGUCCAAGUUUUCUCAGUGAUGUGAAUCUUGAUGACGAGUCUGAGAAAUUCCAUUCGUUAUUAUGAUGUCAAUGAGACAUUUGUCUGAGAGGAAAGUCUAAUCCAAUACUUGCAUCCUUACCUUCUUUUUCUCUCUCGAAAUGAGAAUCUCUAGUGAUUUUUGUUUCAUAAUCUUCUUCGGAUGCUCAUAUCUCCCCAUGGAUGUCUCUUUCUUCCAAAUGAUUGAGCCAGUUCAUUUGAUGGUUUCAUGAUGACAUUUGAUUAGUGGGACGGCUUCCAGAUCAUAUUGCACAAUAUUUUCCCCAAUAUUUGGUAUUUUUUCAGUGUUUUUCGUUUUAAUGUGCUGGGGAUUUUGUGGCAAACAAAGAACUUAAAGAUCUCUGGGAGAAUCAAUAGUUGCUUCGUUGUUUUAUAUGUUUUGUGUUCAUUCUAAUGAUCUUACCGUGGUUGGCUUUUCUCAGUGAUGUUAACUUUGAUGACGAGUCUGAGAAAUUCCAUUCACUAUCAUGAUGUGAAUGAGGCAUUUGUCUGAGGGGAAAGUCAACCCCAUUUUCUUCUGUAUUUCUUACUAUUUUUGGCAAACGCGCCUUUCUAAUUUCUAAAGGUGUUUUGCUUCUUAUUCUUUCAUUUUCAAAUAGUAUUCAUGAUUUCUUAAUCUAAUUUUAUGAAUAAACGAUAUUUUUAAAUGAACCAAACGUUCUGUGAUUUCGUGAAUGAGGAAAGUCAGCCUUAUUUUAUUUUUUUGUUAAUUAAUAUUCGAUACCUCUAUUUUUAUUUCGGUGUUGACUUCUAAUAUCCUGCCAUUUACUUCGAAUAGUAUUGCUUUCUUAGUCUCUUUUGUUUUCUUAUACACUGUCCCUAUUUUAAUGAUAUUGCUUCAGAAAAAUUCUUACCCACCUUCUCAUUUUUCGACAGGCCCCUUCAAGGUCAACGGCGUCCCGCUUAGACGUGUCAACCAGGCCUACGUCAUCGGGACUUCCACAAAAGUUGACAUUUCCGGGGUCAACGUCGACAAGUUUGACGACAAGUACUUCUCCAAGGAGGUCCAGAGGCAGAAGAAGAAGAAGACAGAAGGAGAGUUCUUUGAGGCUGAGAAAAAGGUUCGCUUGAUCCAAAUCCAGACAAUUUAGUCAACUGUUUAUUUUACCAUCUUUACUCAUACCGGCUCUCGCUUUCUCUCUUUCUCUUUCUAAACGCAGGAAGCGAAGGCCUUGCCUCAGGAGAAGAAGGACGACCAGAAGGCCGUGGAUGCCCCGUUGAUAAAGGCGAUAGAGGGAGUCCCUGAGCUGAGGGCUUAUCUCGGUGCCAGGUUCUCGCUGAGGGCCGGAAUGAAGCCGCACGAGCUUGUUUUCUAG